AUGGAAAAUCCUGAAACGCAAUCAGCACAUUUACAAUCGAAUGUCCGCAUUACAGAGGCUGUUCAUAAGUAUAUACGUUACCCAUUCGAUCCUCCUCAAGCUGGUGAAUCAGCAUCACAAAAUGAAACUCAUGGACAGAGAACAAAUCAUACUACCGUAGAAGAACGGAAUCGCCGAUGGAAUUUUUCUGUGAUCCAACAACUGCCUACUAUUCAUACUAUUGUUCCUAUGCCAUCUGUAAUACGCGAACCUGCUAAACAUCUCAUUGAAUUGUUACGCGAUAAAUGGGAAUUGUCUCCACCUGAAUUAAUAAUUUCAGUCACAGGUGGCGCAAAAGUUUUUAAUUUACCACAAAGAAGUCGUAUUGCUCUUCAAAAGGGUCUUGUCUCAGCUGCUGUCACGACUGGUAAGAGUCGAGAUUGGUAUUAUGUUUAUGCCUAUCUUUGA